AAUAAGAAAUGGCGGAGACCAGAAACAGUAACGCAACCAUGGAUACUGCCUUGGAGUCUUUAGUGGCUGGUGUCCUUAGCACUUCACUUCGAACGACACAGGAAGAUGAAAUACCACUCCAUCGCACAAAGAAGAAUGUUAAUGUUAGUAUUCCACCGGAACACCUCUUUUGUGAGCUAACGUCACUCAUUCCCGUGCAUUUGGAUAGUGAAGAUGAGGAUUCCUCGUACUCUACUGACCAAGUCGUCAGCUCUUUCCCCAUUUCACCAGGAGAGAAAGAUAGUUUGUUGUCGGAUUCAAAAGACAUGGUCCAUCAGGAGAAAACUUCGAAGCUGGGUCGAUUGAUGAGGAAUAUUUUCUCGAAAAAGAAAAACACGGGAACAGAGAAAAAAAUUGACUGGAGUAUUAACGAAAAAGAGUUGGCAGUAAGAGUUUUCCCCUCUCAAGAGCUUCUUGUUUUCGAUGACUUUACAUGCAAAGAUGAGAAUUCCGCCGAGAAGGAGCCGCUUUUUCACUGCAAAGAUCACCAGAAAAAGCCUCGAGCGAAGCGACCCACUCGUAUACUCCUAUCUUGCUUCAGGAAACAGUGAAUUAUGAAUUUGAUUACGAAAAGAUUUAUAAAUUAAACAUAAGAGUUCUGGCAAUUUUAAAAAUAAACAGUAAAUUAAAUUGUCUCUGGAAAAAGUUUCAA